AUGGCAGAUCAAGAUGGCGGGCCGUCAAGGAGGGGGAGGUCGCCGGGACCGAGUGAUACCGCGAGCAACCACGUUCACUUCGAUACCACAAGCAUAUCCACAGAAACUGCUUCGAGGUCGACGUCUGCCAUGACCUCCCCGCUCACUAUGGACUUCAGAAGCUCAGACAUCAGUGAUCAGUCGCUGCCAAAGUUUCCUCCCUUGCACAACAAUCCACCGCAGAGUGCUGAGCAAUCGAAGAGGCCUUCUUCAGGAGAUGGUGACGACGACGACGACGAAGAGUGUACGGCGACACCGUUCCAGCGAAGCACAAGUCCGAACUCCGACAUGAAGAGAAAUAAAGGAGCGGAAUACGAGAAGGUUGGAGAUCUGGGGGUCUGCAAGAUGCACAAGUUUUCCCUGUACGAAACUGCCACAAGAUACUACUUUGUUGGAGCGGAUGUCAUGGACAGACGUUUUCGGAUCCUGAAGAUAGACCGGGCGGCUGAUUCUGGGAAUCUGAACAUAUCGGAGGACGAAAUUGUCUACACCAAGAAGGAGAUGAGUCAGUUGCUGAAUGCUAUUGAUGAUGGCAACAGAAGCACCGGAGGUAUGAAACUACGGUCGACCACUUGGGGUAUCAUUGGCUUCAUACGGUUCACUGGGGUGUACUAUAUGCUGGUGAUCACUAAGCGUAGUCAAGUGGCUGUGAUCGGUGGUCAUUUCACCUACGCUGUUGAUGCUACAGAACUCAUUCCAUUAACGACGGGCCCUAGCUCACGAUUCAAGCCGGAUCUGAGGAACACUGAAGAGUCCCGCUUCAUCGGUAUUCUCAAUAAUCUAGAUUUGACCAGGUCAUUUUACUACAGCUACUCUUACGAUAUCACUCGAACUCUGCAACACAAUAUUAUGGCAGAGAGAGAGGCAAUAGCCAAGGGCAUGCCUUAUCCUCAUGACCAAGAUUAUAAUUCAAUGUUCGUCUGGAAUAGCUACCUUCUGCAGCCUGCAGUUUCGGCCCUGAAGAAUACCUACGAUUGGUGUAUGCCAGUUAUUCAUGGUUACAUCGACCAAUCUGCUAUUUCAAUAUAUGGACGUACGGCCUAUAUUACCAUCAUUGCGAGACGCUCACGGUAUUUCGCUGGUGCACGUUUCUUGAAGCGUGGUGCGAAUGAUUUGGGUUAUGUUGCCAAUGAUGUCGAGACUGAGCAGAUUGUCUCGGAAAUGCUAACAACAUCCCUCCAUGCUCCUGGGCCAAAGCUCUUCGCCAGCCCAAAUUUCACUUCGUACGUUCAGCAUCGAGGAAGCAUACCACUCUACUGGACCCAAGAUAAUACUGGCGUGACUCCCAAGCCCCCAAUUGAGCUUAACUUGGUCGAUCCAUUUUACAGUGCUGCUGCUUUGCAUUUUGAUAAUCUUUUUGAGAGAUAUGGUGCUCCUGUCUACGUCCUCAAUCUCGUGAAGGCCCGAGAGCGAACACCUCGAGAAUCGAAACUUUUGCAUGAAUUCACAAAUGCAAUCAACUAUCUCAAUCAGUUCCUCCCGGCUGACAAGAAAAUCAUACACAAAGCCUGGGAUAUGAGCCGCGCAUCCAAAAGUCGUGAUCAAGAUGUCAUUGGCACACUUGAGAAUAUUGCCGAAGAAGUGGUCACGACAACUGGUUUUUUCCAGAACGGAGAUGGUAAGAUCACUAUGCCUAGAGUGCAAAAUGGAGUUGCGAGAACAAACUGCAUUGAUUGUCUGGAUCGGACCAAUGCAGCACAGUUUGUCAUCGGCAAAAGAGCUCUUGGCCAUCAGCUUCAUGCACUUGGGAUCAUUGCAGAUACAUCGAUUGACUACGAUACUGACACUGUUAAUCUCUUUACGCACAUGUAUCACGAUCACGGCGAUACGAUAGCCGUUCAAUAUGGGGGUUCGCAACUCGUGAACACCAUGGAAACGUACCGUAAGAUCAAUCAAUGGACAAGCCAUUCUCGAGAUAUGGUGGAAAGCUUCAAGCGAUACUACAACAACUCGUUCCUCGAUGGCCAGCGACAAGAGGCAUACAAUCUCUUUCUUGGGAAUUACAUUUUCGCUCAAGGACAACCCAUGCUCUGGGAUCUGGCGACAGACUAUUACCUUCAUCAUACAGAUCCUCGUGCUUGGUCUGGAAAGAGACGACGGAGCUACAUCAAUUGGUACACCCCUGAGUUCUUGGAGAAGAGGGUACUACCACCACAUCGUGAUCCUACAGGCUUCGUGGCCGCAAAACCACUCGGCUACUUCGACGAAUACUGGCUUGAGUAUUACAAACCUCUUUCUGUAUCAUCACUGCUCAAAGUUUUUUGCUAUAUGGGAAAACUCAAUUCCACAAUCCGCUACAUCCCCUUCCGCUCGACCCAGGAAGGCCGCUACGACCUUUCUCCCUUCAAAGUCCGAACUGAACUCGAUCAAGACGUCCCGGACAAGAAGAAAAUCAAGAAAGAAGUCACCAUCGUUGAUCCUGCAGACGAAACAGAAAACAUCGCAGCAGACGACGACAAUGCCUCCAUAAAAUCCGGUACCACAGCAAAUACAAAACGCAUUUCUAUUCAGCGCUGGCUACAGCCUAUCCAUGAGAAAAAUGACCACCAUCCUAGUAUCAUGAAGGAACCGCAGCAACCCACCCUCUCCCCGCAGAAACAAAAGCUUACCCCGCUUGACAAAAGCAAAGCCGCUCAAUGGACAUUCACACAAGUCGUUCACGAAUCGCUCAACCCUUCCGUUAGCACGCAAGAAACAGACGACUACGUGCGCUACAUUUCGCAUCCUCAAACCCUGCCUCUGGUCGUCAGCAACGAGAUUCCCACUGAGAUUGACGCAGAGUAUCUCGAAUAUGUGAACGGUAGUUGGGGCGACAUUGGCAUUGUGACUACUGGGGGCGAGGAGCCUAGCGGGAGUAGCGACGAUUUGGCGGAGGCAAGGGAUUUUCUGGCCGUGGGCGAGAAUCCGCUGAUGGUUUUUGAGGAGGAUUUGGGGAAGAAGAGGUAUAAGGCUUACAGGAAGUGGUUGUUGGGGAAGAGUCUGUUUAAACAGCAGCCUGUUGACUGA